CUUUUCAACUUUUCAAGAAAACCCAAAACGGCAACAAUUAUCCACUCCUCAGUUCUCACUGCGAGAGAAUCAGCAUUUCAAUGGCGAAGACCGGAGAGGGCAGCAGUUCAAGGUGGUCUCUUACAGGGAUGACCGCUCUGGUCACCGGAGGAACUCGCGGAAUCGGGCGUGCGAUCGUGGAGGAACUAGCUGAACUGGGCGCCACUGUGUACACCUGUUCGAGAAAGGAAGAAGAACUGAACCAGCGCUUGCAAGAAUGGGCUGCUAAGGGCCUCAAAGUCUCCGGUUCCGUCUGCGAUGCUUCGUCUGCAGACCAGCGGGUGUUGCUCUCUCAGAAGGUUUCUUCUGCCUUUGAUGGCAAGCUUAACAUUCUUGUUAACAAUGUUGGGACAAACAUCAGGAAGCCUACAACUGAGUAUACUUCUGAAGAAUACGCUUAUCUCAUGGCUACCAACUUAGAGUCUUGUUACCAUCUGACUCAAAUUUCUUACCCUCUCUUGAAAGCAUCUGGAUCUGGAUGCAUUGUCUUUAUCUCCUCUGUUGCUGGCAUGGAAAACAUUUCUUCUGGAUCAGUUUAUGGAGCAUCCAAAGGAGCUAUGAAUCAGCUCACAAAGAAUUUGGCUUGUGAAUGGGCAAAGGACAACAUUAGGGUCAAUUGCGUGGCCCCCUGGUAUAUCAAAACCUCCCUAACGGAACAUUUGCUUGGGAACGACGAGUUUCUGGAUAGGGUGGUAUCUAGAACGCCUCUCAUGCGCCCGGGGGAACCACAAGAAGUUUCAUCAGUGGUUGCUUUCCUUUGUCUUCCUUCAGCCUCUUAUGUGACUGGUCAGGUUAUUGCAGUUGAUGGAGGUUUUACAGUGCAUGGUUUUGUCUGACAAGACAUAUUCAACUGUCGAUUUCUUUACUUGGAACUGAUUGUAUAUUUGUAUGGCUUCCCAUGCUUAAACGAUUUGCGAAUCGGAUAACCUAUCUGUUAGCUCGGGAGUCCCUUUUUAGGUUAGAUUGUAUGGAAUGGUUCUUUAACCCUCCUUGCAUUUGUAAUACUCUGUUUGAGGAUCUUCUUUAAUGAAACUGUGUUUCUUUGUUCUCCAAAA